UUCUUCAACUAACUCAACCACCACCUCUUUCUCUCUUCAUUCUUUUUUUUUUUUUCCAGUUUUAUUUUAAUCCAUAAAUAUUAUAUACAUUAUUGAUUGAUUGAUUGAUUUGAUUAAAAGUGAUGUCUACUGAAAAUGAACCAUCACCAUCCCUUGAAGGAAUUCAAGAUGUCCAAGAUUUUGUUCUGGGAGAUCAAGACGAUUCGUUAGACACGGGACGGUCUAAUCAUCUUUGUGAUUUAAUGAAAAAGGGCAACAAAGCGUUUAGAGAUGAUCGUUUCGAGGAGGCAGUUAAUUAUUAUACGAGAGCUCAUAGUAUCAAACCAGAUGAUCCGGUCAUACUUAGCAACCGAUGCGCUGCUUACCUCAGGAUUGUACAAUUCCUGAAACAGAGACCAGCUUCUCUGUCUGAGCGUAGACCUUUGAGCGGGCUUGAUCCUACAACCCAUGCUAGCCUUGCAUUGAAGGAUGCUGAGCAAUUGAUGAACUUGAAAAAUCACUCCAUAAUGGCAUAUAUCCUUAAGGCAAACGCACUCAUUUUGUUAGAAAAGUUUGAGGUAGCCCGCGAUGUAAUUCUUGCAGGUCUUCAAGUUGAUGCUUCAAGCAAUGCUCUAACGAAUUUAGAGAGGUUUACAACCCAUAUGUUUGGGAAAUGGAACCAUAGUCAAACACCGCGUACUGAUGACUUUGAUUGCACUGUUUGCUUGAAAUUACUCUAUGAACCAAUCACAACUCCUUGUGGGCAUACUUUUUGUCGUUCAUGCCUCUUCCAGUCAAUGGAUCGGGGAAACCGAUGCCCGUUGUGUCGGACUGUUUUGUUUAUCAGUCCUAGAACCUGUGCAAUCAGUGUGACACUGAAAAAUAUAAUAGAGAGGAAUUUUCCAGAGGAAUAUGCAGAAAGGAAAUUGGAGAACGAAAGUUUGACCAAUAUGGGUCCUGAUUUGUUGCCUCUUUUUGUCUUGGAUGUAGUCCUACCUUGCCAGAAGUUCCAUUUAAAUAUUUUUGAAGCCCGUUACAGACUUAUGGUGAGGAGAAUCAUGGAAGGAAACCGGAGAAUGGGAAUGGUUGCUCUCGACUCUACGACUGGAUCUGUGGUUGAUUUUGCAUGUGAAGUGGAAAUUACAGAUUGCGAACCACUUCCAGAUGGGCGCUUUUUCUUGGAGGUUGAAAGUCGGCGAAGAUGUCGCAUCCUUCGGAACUGGGAUCAAGAUGGGUACCGUGUUGCUGAGAUUGAAUGGGUGCAGGAUUCGUCUCCAGCAGAAGGAACAAAAGAAAGAUCUGAGCUGCAAACUAUGACGGAAACAGUGGCAGAAUUUGCUCGAUCAUGGAUAAAGGCGGCUCAAGAAGCAGCACGAGGAGAUCAAAUGAGGCUUACGGAACUGCAUAAAGCAGAAGGUCUGAUGCCUUCAACAAGGGAUCUUGAAAGCUUCAGUUUCUGGCUUGCUACUUUAUCAAAUCGAAGAGCACAAGAAAGGUUGGAUCUUCUUCGCCUUAGAGAUACAACAGCGAGGUUAAGGAGGGCAUAUCAUUAUAUGAAAGUAUAGGAACAAGCUUGUGGAUUGCAAUGAAAGUAGAUAUAUAAUUUACUUAAAUUUAUUCUUUUGUUGGUCAUAUAACAUUGUAUGAUACCGUGAUAUAAGUCCAUGAGAUGGACAAUAUACCGAUGGCCAAGAGAAUGGAAAAAAUAGAACACAAUUCUUUGAAAAUAUCAUUGUAUAAAUAAAAAGACUGGAAUUCCCUUAUACAGUAACUUUUGUCAAUUAA